AUGAAGGGAUUAGUUACUUUUUCCCACGCAAAAAUGCUUCACUUCUCUUACACCCCAACGACCUCCUCAUUCUCCCCCAACAAAACCCCUAAUUUCCACCACUCUCUCUCCUCCUCCCCACACCCUUCACUCUUCCUCAAGUUCCGAACAUCUCACCGGGAGAAUCUCCGGUACCUCAAAUCCAUCGGCAUCAUCAACCCAGAAACCAAAGUCCACAAAAUCCCAUCCCCAGAAACCCUAGUUCGAAUCAUCUCCACCGUCAAUUUCCUCAAAUCCAAGGGUUUUUCCGAACUCGAUUUCCCUAGGCUUGCCUAUCUCUGCCCUAAUCUCUUCUCCCCUGAGUUCGACCUUGCCGUUAUCGAACUCGUCUUUGAUUUCUUAGCCUCCGAUUUAGCUGCAUCACCUGAAGAAUCGCGUGGUUUAAUCCUCCGCUGUCCUCACAUUCUCGAAUCUAACGUUGAAUUUUGUUUAAGGCCAACACUUAACUACCUCAGAAAUUUAGGGUUAGAAAAUUUGAAUUCACCAACUACCUUAAAUGCUCAUCUCUUGGAUACUCGUGUUGAGAAACUGAGAGAGAAGGUUAGGUUUUUGCGAAGUGUUGGGUUUUCGUACGAAGAAUCGGCUCGCAUUUGUGCUAGAUUGCCGGCGAUAUUUGGGUACAGUACUGAGAAUAACUUGAGGCCCAAGUUUGAGUACUUAGUGGGGGAGAUGAUGAGAGAUGUUGAAGAAUUGAAGAGGUUUCCUCAGUACUUUGCCUUCAGUUUGGAGAAGAGGAUUGCCCCGAGGCAUUUGCAUUUGAAGCAGAGGAGUGUUCGGAUCCCAUUGAAAAGAAUGUUGCUGUGGAGUGAUCAAAGGUUUUAUGCAAAAUGGAAGUAAAGAUUUGGUAAUUUCUCUCCUCAAUCCCGACUAUCUUCCUCAUUUUAGUUUUCGAUUGUGUUUCUCAUUUGUCCCUCCCAAGUUUUAAACCAUAUUUUAGAAUUUAGUUGGUCCCACUUGAUUCUCUAGAGAUUCUACUACUAAUUAAAAAUCAAAAUAUGUAUGUAUCAAUGGUAAAUAUUGAUUUUUUAUGUUGCAUAUUUGAGGGUGCGAAUCGUGUCCUUUUACGGGCAUUUUUCUCCUCUCCACUGUUAACGAUGAAUGAAAGUUGUAAUAGUUUUACUGAUCUAUAUAA